AUGGAAGCGAUCCGGGAGGAGAUUGUUGGCAUUGUUAAUGAGGCGAGCAUUCAAGACAACGAAUUUCCCGGACUCUUCUUGAUUCAGAAAACACAAAAGCCGGUUUUUCAAAAUGGUCGUCGAAUCGUUUUUGGUAGUGCAUGGCAUAGCAAGACAGAGAUUCUCAUCGUUGAUGUUGUGGAGAAGAAGCUGAUAAGGCUGGCAAAUCUUGGAGAGCAAAUUCACGGGUCUUGGUCACUACUCGAUCGAGAUCAGACUUGGUGCUCGCUGUUGCUUCAGCUCCGAAUAGACCAUAUACGACACUUCUCGGCAAGAUUCCGCCAAGCGGCUCGGAAAAUCAGA